AUGGAGAAAGGCGAAUCCAUCGAGAUCACCACCUGCUCGGAGGAGGUGUCCCAAGAGCAACGAGACAUCCUGCAAGAGCGCAAGCUCAUCAGCAAUCCGGUGAAAAUGUGCAUUCGCUCCUGCGUGGACUCAAUCAAUGGCGUGGUGGAUGAUCCGCCAACCACUCCAAAGAAGAGCAAGCGGCCGAGACGGGAAAAGUCCAUGGUGGAGAAGCUCAGCAAGAUCGUCACCAUUUUUGAAUGGGCUCCUGCGCUGACUUUCCGAAAGGUCCGCGCGGAUCUGGUGGCUGGCCUUACAGUGGGAGUCAUGGUGAUCCCUCAGAGUAUGUCUUAUGGUGCAAUUGCCGGGCUGCCGUACAUCAAUGGUAUGUACUCGGCUUGCGUCCCGACAUUGGUCUACGCCUUCUUCGGGCAAUCGCGACAAUUGGCAGUUGGACCAGUGGCGAUGGUCUCCUUGCUCGUGGAAGCUGGCCUCAACGGGAACCUGGGGCCGGAGUGCAAUGAGCCUGGCAAGGCUCAGUAUGAGGUGUGCACCGCGGAGUACGUGGGCUUGGCCUGUCUCACUGCCAUGGUGGUGGGGGCCAUGCAGAUCCUCGCCAGCGUGCUGAAGCUGGGGUUCUUGGUGACCUUCCUAGGCCAUCCGGUUAUCAGCGGCUUCACCAGUGGUGCUGCCAUCAUCAUUGGCCUCAGUCAGCUCAAGUACAUCCUGGGCUUCGACAUCCCCAAGUCUCAGUACAUCUAUGACACCAUCCUGAAUGUGGCCCUCAACAUCGAGCAGACCAAGGGCAUGCCCUUGCUGCUGGGCUUGGUAUGGCUGGCCUACCUCAUCCUCAACAAGAAGAUGGCGGCAAAGUUCAAGAGCCUCCGAAUGCUGGCGCCCAUGGGACCUCUCAUCAGCUGCGUCGUUGGGUCAGUACUCCUAUGGGCAUUUCCGGUCUUAAUCGAUGAGUACCACGUCAAGUAUGUGGGGGAAGUCCCCUCAGGCAUUUUUCCCAUCAGCAUUGACAGCUGGGACUUUCAAAAGGUGCCCAUCGUCUUGGGCACUGCCGUGUCUUCUUGUUUGAUCGGGUACAUGGAAUCCAUCGCCAUCGGCAAGAACCUCGCGGCCACCAACGGCUAUGACAUCGAGGCAGGCCAGGAGAUGCUGGCGAUCGGCAUCGCCAACCUCGUGGGGGCGGCCUUCUCCUGCUACCCAGUCACGGGGAGCUUCUCCCGGUCCGCGGUGAACAAUUCCACCGGCGCCAUGUCGCAGCUCUCAGGGGUCAUCACGGCCGUGGUGAUGUUUUGUACACUGAUGUUCCUGACGCCCCUGUUCUACUACUUGCCCAAGUUCGCCUUGGCCGCGAUUGUCAUGAACUCCGUCAUUCCGCUGGUGGCCUUCGGAGAGGCCCGGCACCUCUUCAACGUGAAGAAGCACGACUUCAUCCUGUGGUGCACCGCUUUCAUCGGGACGCUCUUCUUGGGAGUGCUGAUGGGGAUCAUGGUGGCGGUCGGCCUGUCCUUGAUCAUCGUGAUCUACGAGUCCGCGCGCCCACAGAUCACCAUCCUUUGGCGCAUCCCGGGGACAUCCAUCUACCGAAAUAUGAAGCAAGAGAGUGCGGGCACCUUCAUCCAGAACGUCUUCAUUGCACGCAUUGGCUCCUCCCUCUACUUUGCCAAUGCCUCCUUUGUGAAGGACAUGCUUCUGGCCCACGUCAAUGACCUGGAGGAGGUGAACAAGACCCAGUACGUUGUCCUGGAGAUGACGCCGGUGAUCAGCAUUGACGCUACGGCUGUCCAUGUCAUCAAGGACGUGGUGAACGACUUCCGCAUGCGGGGCUUGCAGGUUGCCUUUGCGAUGGUGGGGAACCGCGUGGAGAAGACUUUCCGCAAAGCUGGGCUGAAGAGGUUCAUUGGUGACCAAUGGUUCUUCCACACAGUGGAAGAGGCAGUGCAGUACUGCGUGAAGCACCAGCAUGCCAAGCGCCGGCAAGAGGGGAGCAGGAGCCGUGCAGCUUCAGGCGUUCUGGGCCAGGAUGACGGCGGCAAGUCGGGCGACGAGCUCGAUGUGACUUCAAUCCAAGUGCACUGCGGCAAUGAGAUCGGCUUCAGCAACGACCUACACGCCAGCUGCAGCAUGGUUUUCAUCAGCUUGGUCACGGACGUGCCCAUGAUCAUGAGCGAGAUUGCCAACGUCUUCAAGAAGAAUCACAUCACCAUCAUUCGUGCGCAGAUCGACCCCGCCAAUGAUGAUGCCGGUGCCAAGCACAUCUAUUUUGUGAGAAGCCUGAAGUCGAGUGCCAAGCUUAACAACCUGGAGAUUGCCCGGGUCCGGGAGGAUUUAGAAGUCAUCCUUCGGAGGCACAAGCUGAUCAGUGCCAAGACUACCAGCACCACUGACAAUGACGCAGGAGAGCCGGUCACUCCCAGUGGUGUCACCAACCACGAGGAUGUGCCCCUCUUCGGAAAUGAUCGCCUGUCCCGGCUAGAACAGAUGCUGACCAUGCAGCAAGAGCAGAACAAGGCUCUGCAGGACCAGGUCCGCUCACUGAACCAAGGAUGCCUGCCAAUGGGUUGCCUGAAUGGUAAUGUCCUGGGCAAGCGAUCCUGA